UGCACAUAAUUUUACACUAAUUUACAUCCUUAAUCAACGUAAUUAUCGAUGUUAAUCCCCCACUUUAAGACACUCAUAAACCUCUAUUAAUAACACAUUACAUUCCACACAACUAGCUCAGUGAUACUUACUAAAACCUUGACAAUAUCGGCCGGUUUAUCGUGCUACAUGGAAGAAGAAACCGGCGAAUUUCGGCAGCAUUUCCUUAAAAGCGGUUUUGAUCCCGCCACUGGAGUAUAUCAUUCACUGGCGCGACUCGGUGAAGAGUACAAAAUUCCUACAAGGCAUGACCUUGACACGGCCACAUUUGUGUUGUCACAGUUCCCACAUCCAGAUCACGCCGAGUCACGAGUUGCACUCAUUGACUCGGCCACGAAUCAGCGAGUCAGCUACGGACAACUCAGGCGUUCCAUUCGUGCACUCGCUUCAGGGCUUUACCACGCGCUUGGAGUUCGAAAAGGUGAUGUUGUGUUUCUUUUAUCGCCAAACUCGGUCUUGUACCCGACUGUAUGUUUAGCGAUAUUUUCACUGGGGGCGAUACUUUCACCUGCCAACCCGAUAAACACCGAAUCCGAAAUUGUUAAACAAGUACGUGACUCGGGCGCGAAACUUAUCAUCUCGGCUCCCGGAGAGCUACACAAAUUGAAACAAGUUACCGUGUCAACAAUUAUCACUUCCCACACUAAUCAAUCAAAGAACGAGUCAGUAUCCGUAGAAGAGCUCAUUGAGUGCUGUGACCCGACAGAGUUACCGAAAAGCGAGUUGACUCAGUCGGACACGGCGGCUAUACUUUACUCGUCGGGCACGACCGGGACGAGCAAAGGAGUUAUAUUAACUCAUUCAAACUUUUUAUCAAUCAUGGUGCUCAUGAAAUGGACGGUAAACGUCACCGAUUCCCAAAAUGAUGUCUUUUUGUGUUUUCUCCCGAUGUUUCACAUAUACGGGCUCGCGUUUUUCGGUUUGGGGCUGUUCUGUUCAGGCAUCACGGUCGUCGUAAUGCAGAAGUUUGACUUAACGGCCAUGCUCGACGCCGUUAAAGUUCAUAAAGUCAACAACAUUCCGGCAGUGCCACCUGUCAUUCUGGGUUUAGUGAAAUACUGCAAACCCGGGAGCGAUUUGUCGUCGUUAAAGAGAGUCGGUUCGGGGGCGGCGCCGUUGAGUAAAGAACUGAGCGAGGCGUUCAGGAGAAAGUUUCCGUGGGUGGAGCUCCGACAGGGCUACGGGUUGACCGAGACUUGUGGAGCGACGAGUUUUUUUGUGAGCGAUGAGGAUGCGAGAGCGCGGGCGGGGUCUUGUGGGGCGUUGUUGCCGAGUUUUUGCGGGAAGAUUGUGGAUGUUGAGACAGUAGGGGGGCUGGGGCCUUGUAGGAGAGGGGAGUUGUUGAUUAAGAGUCCGACGAUUAUGCAGGGUUACUUGGGGAAUGAGGAAGCGACGAGGGAGACGAUCGGGGAAGACGGAUGGUUGAGGACUGGUGACCUUGGGUAUUUUGAUGAAGAUGGGUUUCUCUAUGUUGUUGAUAGGAUUAAGGAACUUAUCAAACAUAACGGCUAUCAGGUGGCUCCAGCUGAACUGGAAGCACUACUUCUAAGUCAUCCAAAUAUACUUGAUGCAGCUGUUAUACCGCUUGAAGACGAAGAAGCAGGGCAGAUACCAAUGGCAUAUGUGGUGAGAGCAACUGGUUCUCAGCUCACUGAAGACCAGGUCAUUCAAUUUGUGGCCGCCCAGGUGGCUCCUUACAAGAAAGUAAGAAGAGUGGCUUUUAUUAGUGCUAUUCCAAAAUCAGCUGCAGGCAAAAUCUUGAGAAAGCAACUGGUUUCACUAAGCCAACAGCAAGUUGUCGCCAAGCUGUAGUUCAUUUCCUUCUCCCUUGUGUUGCUCGGAAUAAAUGUGCUCGGUGUUACCGCCUGAAAACGAAAGAAUCGAUGAACUGAAAUCUUUCGUUAGAAUAUAUAAAGAUUUAGAACCUACUUGUGAAUUGGUCCAUUUUCAGCUGAAAUACAGUCAAAACCUGCUUGGUUGUUGAACUGCUAUUUGAAAACAAAAAAAAUUCAUCGCCAGGACGGUAGAAUUUAUAAUUCAAGCGACUCAAUAGAACAAAAAUAAAAGAAAUCAUGAGGGCAAGAAUGGAAAGUUUACAGGAGAGUAUUAAUGUUAACAUAACCAGGAAUUGAUUAAAU